AAAUUAGAAAAUAAUAUCAAAAUUGUAUAGUUUUAGAGUGCAUCUUUUUUCCUUUUUGAAAAGGUAGCAUCAAAUAAUGCAUCAGUCUUAUGUCUUUCCAUGUUUAAUUUAUGAGAGAUAUGAGGGCAUGUAUAUGAUUGGAGUAAGUUGUAAAUGAGCAUUAUGUUGCGAGACACACACUAGUAUACACUAGUAUACAACUAGGUUAAUUGAAGUUUAAUCUUAGAAUGUGAUGUAUAAUGUGAUAUAUCCGUUUAUCCCAUUUUAAAAAAAAAAAUUCUUAUAAAUUCAAACCCCCCCUCCCAAUCUCUCACACUUUCUCUUCUCAAUCUCUUCUUCUUCCCAUUUUAAAAUUCGAAAUUACUCUCUUUCUAUUCAACAUGAAUCCUUCCGGCUCCGGCUUCGUUCCCGACGAUCUCCCGCCGAGUGACGCUGCGAUGUGGUUCUACCAAGAGUGGGGCGAUCGACCGCCGAUAUACGAGACGCAACAAUCGGGGUACGUCGACCGAGAGACGGUUCCGGAGACUCAACUGGAACCGUCCGGAUCGAAAAAAAGUACACGCCGGAGGAGCCACAAAGCCAAAAGCACGUUGACCGAGGCGGCACGGUCAAUCCAAAAGUGGACGCCGGAGGAGGAGGUGCCCAUCGAUCUUUGGGGGAUUUUGAGUCGUUCCCCGAAGUGGCAACAACUCAACAAUCCCGACGGCGGAUCAUUGCGGAAAAGAUCCACCGUCGACGCCGAGGUUGAGAUCGACGAGACUAUCGGUUCUACCGAUCAAAUCCCUCCCUUCAACGUUGCGGAUUCCGAUGACGAGGACCCCAUUCCACGGCCGAUCGGAAGAAAGAAGGAAAAAUCCAUUGCCUCUGGUUCGGGAGGGUCCGCCUCUGUUUCUGCUUCUCCCCGCGACGAAAUCGGCCGGGCAAUGAUUGAACAACUUCGGGCGUUCAAUCUCCAAGAACAAGAGAGGUUGAAGCUAAAGGAGAAGGAGUUGAAGCUAAAGGAGCAGGAAGGCGAGAUGAAAGUCAUGCAAACCGACCCCGGGACGUUGUCGGAGUUUGGACGAAUGAUCUAUGAGCAAAGAAUGAGAGAGAUCAAGGAGAAAUAUAAUUUACCUUAGUUUUUUUAUUAAUGCGUGGCAGUGGCACAGCCACGCCACAGCCAGUGCUCUAAUUAAAAUUUCAUCUUUUGGAGAAAUAUAUAAAUAAUGAAUAAAUUCUUUUACAACCU